AUGUGUGUCAUCUGCUUUGUGAAGGCCCUGGUGCACGUGUUCAAGAUCUACCUGACUGCCAACUACGCGUACAACUUCCGCAGCUGGCCCGUGGACUUCCGCUGGGAUGACGUGCGCGCCGCCAGCAGGGGCGGCAGUGGCCACCGCGCACUCACGUGCGCAGCAGCUGCUGCGGGUGUCUGGCUACUUCGCGAUGCGGCACUGGGUGGGGACACAGCCGGGAGGCCGCUGCCGCGAGGAGCACGUAGCCAAACACAAUGCCUGCUGCAGCAGAUCCGCGAGCUUCCCAGCCAGCUGGCCAGCUAUGCACUGGCCCACUCGCUUGGCCGGUGGCUCGUGUACCCCGGCUCCAUGUCCCUGAUGACGCGCGCGCUGCUGCCGCUGCUGCAGCAGGGUCAGGAGCGCCUGGUGGAGCGCUACGGGGGCCGGCGCGCCAAGCUGGUAGCCUGCGACGGCAAUGAGAUUGACACCAUGUUUAUGGACCGACGCCAGGACCCGGGCAGUGAGGGCCGUGGCCUGCGGCUCGUCAUCUGCUGCGAGGGCAACGCUGGCUUCUACGAGAUGGGCUGUCUGUCGGCCCCACUGGAGGCUGGCUAUUCGGUGCUGGGCUGGAAUCACCCAGGCUUUGGCAGCAGCACCGGCACACCCUUCCCACAGCAGGACGCCAACGCCAUGGAUGUGGUGGUCAAGUACGCACUGCACCGGCUGCACUUCCCUGCCGCCCAUGUGGUGAUCUACGGCUGGUCCAUCGGCGGCUUCACAGCCACCUGGGCUACCAUGACCUACCCAGAGCUGGGAGCGCUGGUGCUGGAUGCCACCUUUGAUGACCUGGUGCCACUGGCGCUCAAGGUCAUGCCACACAGCUGGAAGGGGCUGGUGGUGCGCACAGUGCGUGAGCACUUUAACCUCAACGUGGCGGAGCAGCUGUGUUGCUACCCAGGACCGGUCCUGCUGCUGCGACGCACACAGGAUGAAGUGGUCAGCACCUCGGGCCACCUGCAGCCCUUGCCACCUGGCAACGUGGAGGGCAACCGUGGCAACGAGCUGCUGCUGCGACUGCUGCAGCACCGAUACCCGGCCGUGAUGGCGCGCGAGGGCCGAAUGAUCGUGACGCGCUGGCUGCGCGCCAGCAGCCUGGCACAAGAGGCCGCCUUCUACUCACGCCACCGCGUGGACGACAACUGGUGCCGGGCACUGCUGCAGUCCUACUGCGCCCACUGCCUCCAGGAGCUGGGGGACGAGGAGUCCGGGACACGGCACAGGCUCGCCUUCCCGUGGCUCGUGGGCCAGGGCCUGAGGCCGAGGCGCCGCCGGCAGCUGGCCCUGUUCCUGGCCCGCAGACACCUGAAAAACGUAGAGGCCACACAUUGCAGCCCGUUGGAGCCGGCGGACUUCCAGCUACCCUGGGAGCUGUAG